GCAAUUUUACAGUAGCUCAGCAUAAGCUCAUUUCGACCAAUUUUGAGGCUCGUUGAGAUUCGAAAAAAUUCGAUACAUUGUAUCCGUGUUGCUUGAAAACGAAAUUCUGUGUCGAACCUGGUCGAACUUUGAACUCUGGCAUCUCGGGCAGCGUCAUGAAAAGUUCCUGCAUCUCAACAGACAACUUAAGAUGUUGAAAGCUUGAAAUCUCUAGAAACGAUACUUUCUGUAAGAUUUUAAAGCAUACUUAUCAUCAAAGAUAUGGAUCGAUGUUGAUGUAAUUUAGUAGCCAUGCUUAGCAGGUGCACAGGAUUGCAGGUUGGUCGUUAUGGCCUAGGCAUCUUGGAGAUUGCAUCUCGUCCAAGACAAAUUUGUAAAAAGAGCCUGACCGCAUAUUCAGGUGAUGUGAAAGCCGCAGUUAGGUGUCUUAUGAACAUAUCUGGUCGUCGACCAAUAUUAAUUUCAAGAAGGGAAAUCCAUUCUACUCCAUUUUAUAGCCUUAGCUUUGGAUCCAAAGCCAAUGCUGCUCAUCAUGACGUUGCUAAUGGUUUGUCAAAAAAUUCGAUUGUUGUGAAGGUGAAGGAUCUUGAAAAAUACUUGAGGGUCAGAGGAUACUCGACAAUGAAAUGGGGGAUAGGAAUUAUGGCAGUUUUGGGAUUUGGAAUUUACAUGUUCAGAGAACCUAUAAAAGAAAACUUAUCAGAUGAAGUAGCUGAUGUUGCAACAAGGUCACUAGGUGACCAAAAUGUAGUGCUUCGUGCCAAUGAGAUUUCAAAGGCAAUAGUUAACCAGGUGCUCAAUGACCAGGCCACUCUGGAGCUUGCAUCUGGAUUUCUGACAAAGCUUCUUGAAAACAAAGAGCUUGUUGACAAAUCUGUGGUAUUUGUGAGGGCAGUCAUUAAUGACAAAGAAACCCAGGAAACUGUAAAGAAGUUAGCAGAGGCUUCAUUGAAAAAUCUUUUGGAGCAAGUAAGCACUCGCAAAAUUCUUCUUGAUUACAUUCGUGGAAUUCUUGUCGAUUCAUAUACUCGUGAGUCAUGUAAAAAAUUACUUGAUGAUCUUGCUGCUGACAGACAAACAAAGCAGAUACUUGCUGACUUUUUCAAAAGUGUUCUUCAGUCUGAGACUGUAACAAAUGAAGCUGUUGCUCUUGGCAAGAAUGUCACAAAGCAGAUUGUCACAGAUAAACAGAUACAGGACCAGACAGGCACAGCAUUAUGGAUGGCUGUAAAGAAAACCUUAACACCUACAUGGUUCUUCACACAAGAAAUACAACCAAAACCACAGGACCUUAGGCAUACCAAAUUUGAAUCUGGUCCAUUUUAACACUGAAUUUCUUCGUGUGGAUACUUGGAUCCUUGUUUAUGUUAGUAAUUAAUUUGACUAGGAAAAUAUUACAAAUUUUUAUUCAGAGUAUACACGGCCUUAUAAAUUUAUUUAAGGCUUACAUUAGACUAUUUUUUCUGUUGCUAUAUUUGCCUCCCCUCUUGUCAUCAGUAUGAGAAGUUUUUUAAAUUGCCUCUGAGUUUGUUACUUGUAAAUUAAUAGAAAUUAGAUCACUGGACUAUCAAAAAAUUCUUUUCUAGCUGGCUUCAUUUCUCUAGUCUUUUAAAAGUUGAAAAAGAGGCAGUUUUCUUAUCAGACCAAGGUCAAUCUAGAUCCAGGAGGAUUGUUUGCAUGUUUUGUUUCCUUUCCAAAAAAUAGGCGUUUGGUAAUAUUAUGUUGUUGGGGUUGGAGGUUGCUGAAGCAAUGAGGUUGGGGGCUGGAGCCCUCUAAUAAUUUUCAUCCUGUAGUAUAUUUCCUUUAUAACAGUUUACUGAAUGGGAAGCAAUACAAGGGGCAGCCUUCGCCUCAAAUAGGAUCUUCAUUCUGAUGGAACUGUUUUCUUUGUUAGGGAUGCACAAAUGGAUUAUGUUAACAUUGUUAUAUAACGUUACAUUAACAUUCAUGCCUUUAUUUUCAAACAGUGACAUAUUCAAGCUCUAAGGGAAAAGGAUUGUAAACCUCUAGUUACAAGUGAAAUCAAACCAUAAAUGUUGCUCAAAAAAUGCUCAGAAGACAUCACACAUCAUUGGCAGUUUUUGUAUACAGAUACACCAAACAGAAAAAUCCAUUCUGAAUUACAGUCAACCUUUUGUUCAUGUCAAUUUGUUUAACUGAGAUGAAAUAAGUAAAGGACUUUAAGAACUUUUAAAACUUUGAAAAGUUUUGUGUUUUGUGUGUUAUGAAGCCAUUGUUGGA